GGUAGGUGCCAACCAAAUCCUUUUGAGCGACACUGUAGAAAUAGUUAAUGCCUUGUAAUUAUAAAACAUUGAAGGUUGAACUGAACAGUUGAGAGCAAAAAAAAAAAAAAAACCUUAAAAACUCAAGUGUCACGUGGUCUUUCAAAGCCUCACGUUCCUAAAUUAGUUUUGAGUUUUUGAACGAAAGAAAUAUUCUUGGUCGAUGAUGAACCAACACGGCUAUAAAGAAUGAGUCACUUGGACAGCAUAGAAUGGCAGCGAGGUGACACUUUUCUUCAAUAUUACAGCUAGCUAACUCUCUCUUCUUUCAGUACAGCACACACUCGGAACGAAAGACAGAGACACCGAUAUGGGAAGAACACCUCGCUCUUCCAAGGAUGGUCUAAACAGAGGAGCAUGGACUGCUGCCGAAGACAAAUUGCUCACUGAUUAUAUUUCCGUCCACGGUGAAGGUAAAUGGAGCAAUGUUGCCAAGAAAACAGGUUUAAAGAGAUGUGGAAAGAGCUGCAGGCUUCGCUGGUUGAAUUACUUGAGACCUGAUAUUAAGAGAGGAAACAUCUCAGAUGACGAAGAACUACUCAUUAUCAGGCUCCACAAGCUCUUAGGCAACAGAUGGUCUCUAAUAGCUGGGAGACUUCCAGGGCGAACAGAUAAUGAAAUAAAGAAUUAUUGGAACUCCAAUUUAUCCAAGAAAGCACAGGAAAUGCAACUAACCCUCCCUAAACUUGAUAAGAACCCGGUGGCAGUGAAACCUUGCGAUGAGGCCGUACCAUGCCCUAGUCGAAGUAUUGACCUGACUUGCACUAAUGGGGUUGGUGCCACAGCACUGCAUGAACCUGAAGUUAAUACUGGGAUCUAUGGAACUGAUCAAUCGAGUGACCUAUCACCAUCAUGGGCAUCCGGGGAUGACAUUUCAUCCGACUUCCUAUUGGAUUUUGAUGUGGAAGAUCUCUGUCAGAUUCUUGAUUCCGGCCUCCCCGCCAAGGAUACCGACUAUGCAAUUAACAGUGCCAGAGAAGGAGAUAGUGAUGUCAAUAUAAAUGGAAUGCUGAAGAGUGAUGUAUCAGAUCGGUUUCCAGAGGAGAACUGGGAUAGAGACGAAUCCGUACAAACCGAUGACUUGGAUUCAUCAGCUAUGAUGUCGCUGGUUUCUUUUCUUGAUUCGGGAGUGGACUGGUCCGGGAUGGCCUAGAGUAUAUACUAAUACUAAUACUACUACUUGUCUGCUCCUACAGCUUGAUGAUAUAUGUGUGCGCAGUUUCAUCAUUCUUCCUUCUUAAUAAGAUGACCCUUUAUAUGGGAGUGAAUCCCAACCAUGCUUGUAUAAAAACAAUUCUUCAGGUUAACAUAUUUCACUUUAAUUUUUCACAA